CGCAGAAAACAUGCUGUGGUGCUCAUUCGCCAUUGCACUGGCCGCGGUGUUGAAGGCCAGCCAGGCAAAGCUGUACGACACCCGUUUCAAGGCCACAACAUGGGAUAGUGAGACUUGGAAAAUCAAAACCACUCUCCUCGAUCAGGCUCAGUAUCAGUCCCGAUUUUCCUUGGCCAAUGGCUACUUGGGCAUCAACGUUGCAGCUGUUGGUCCAUUCUUUGACGUUGAUGAGCCUGUCAACGGAGACGUCAUUCAAGGAUGGCCUCUUUAUGAUCGAAGACAGAGCUUCGCGACGAUAUCAGGAUUCUGGGAUUCGCAACCUACCACGAACGGGACCAAUUUUGCCUGGCUAAACCAGUAUGGUGGCGAGAGUGUCAUUUCUGGAGUCCCACAUUGGGCUGGCCUGCCUAUUCAAGUUGGAAGCGAUCUUCUCGAUGCAAGUGUGCCUGCAGAGCAAAUCUCGCAUUUCAGCUCAACGCUGGACGUCCGCAAUGGAGCUAUGUACUGGAACUAUACGUGGACCCCCAGCAGUGCCUCUCCCAUCCAUGUCUCAUACGCCAUGUUUGUGCAUAAGUUGCAUGUCAACCAAGCAGCAGUACGAUUGCAGCUCACCGCGAGCGAAGAUACCAAUGCCACGAUUAUCGAUCUGCUCGAGGGAGAUUGCGCGGUGCGAACCAAUUUCGUGGAGAAAGGCUCUUUCCCAGUCUGGCCGGUCAUUUGGAGUGCAGUAUCUCCCGACGGGCUCAGGAAUGUCACGGCAUAUCUAUUUUCUGCCCUGAUCGGAGACGAUCAUGCCGUCUCUGGCAGCCGUAAAAUCAUUCAAGAAGGAGAUGUUGUUGGUGGCAACAGCUCUUCAAUCGCGCAAUCGAUACAAGUUGCACUCGCUCGCGGCACCACAGCUACAGUGACCAAGUAUGUCGGAGCAGCCUCAGGUGAUGCUUUUGACGAUCCAUCCUCUGCGGCUUUGAACGCAAGCUGGUAUGCGGCAAGCGAAGGUUAUGAUAAGCUGUACGCAUCACACGUCGCUGAAUGGCACACGGUCAUGCCAGAAGAUAGCGUUGACGACUUCCGAGAUGAGAACGGUGAUUUGCCCGACAAUCUGGACGUGCAAGAGCUGGCAAUAACUGCAGUGACCAAUCCAUUUCAAUUGUUAGAGAAUACCAUCAGUGCCAAUGCCGUCUUGGCCGCAGGAAACAACACGCAGCUUGCAAAAAACAGCAUCAGCGUGUGUGGUCUUGGCGGGUCUUGCUAUGCAGGUCUUGUGUUCUGGGAUUCUGAAGUGUGGAUGCAGCCGGGUCUGGUUGUCUCGUUCCCCGAUUCGUCCAAACAGAUCGCUCAGUACAGAGUUGAUCGUGGCCCACAGGCACGUCAGAACGUCUUAACAGCAUAUCAGUCAAGCCAGAACGAGACUGGCAAGUUCUCUUCCGAAGGAGCUGCCUACUCUUGGACCAGUGGACGAUUCGGCAACUGCACUGGCACCGGCCCAUGCUUCGAUUACCAGUACCAUCUCAAUGGCGAUAUUGGUCUAGAGUUCUUCAAUUAUUGGGCAGUCACCGGAGACACCGACUACUUUCGACACCAGCUCUUCCCAAUCUACGAGGCAAUCGCACAGUUUUACGCUGAUCUCGUCACUUUCAAUGAGACGACUGGAUUGUAUGAGCUGUAUAACGCCACCGAUCCAGAUGAGUACGCGAACUUCCAAGACAAUGUUGGAUACACCAUGCUGCUUAUGCAGAGCCAUCUCAACAGCACCAAUGACAUCCGUGAGCGGUUCCGCAUCGGAGUAAAUGAGACCUGGCAGGACAUCUCCAACCUGAUCACGAUCCCAGUCUCCCAUGAUGCCAACAUCAUUUUGGAAUACAAAACUCAGAAUGGAAGCAUCGAGGUGAAGCAAGCCGAUAUUGUGCUCGUCGACGACUUUCUACAAUGGCCAAACCCGUAUACCCUCAGCAAUCUCGACUACUAUGCUGCUGCUCAGUCACCAGAUGGCCCGGCCAUGACGUAUGGAGUGUUUAGCAUUGUCGCAAACCGAGAGAGCCCCUCUGGCUGCUCGUCGUACACCUAUGAUCUAUAUGGCUCGCAGCCUUACACACGAGGACCAUGGUUUCAGUUCAGCGAGCAACUGAUAGACGACGCUUCAGCUAAUGGCGGUACGCAUCCCGCGUUCCCAUUCUUGACCGGCGUCGGCGGCGCAAAUCGUGUUGCGAUCUUCGGCUACCUUGGCUUGCGAUUGAACGUUGACACUCUCAACGUGGACCCUUCUCUGCCGCCUCAAAUUCCGCAACUGUCGUAUAGAACUUUCUAUUGGAAUGGCUGGCCCAUCAAGGCGGUGUCAAAUCAGACCCACACGACGUUGACUAGAACUGGAGUGCCCCUGACGACCGCCAACCAAACGUUUGAGGACUCCCACAUACCUGUAACGCAGUCACUGGAGGGCACUAAAGUUCACAGCCUUGAGCCCAACGGCACUAUCACGCUGAAGAAUCGUGAGAUUGGCACCACAAAAACGAUACCCGGCAACAUGGCGCAGUGUAAGCCAGUGACAUCCGAGCAGGACUACGAGCCAGGACAGUUUCCACUGAGUGCAGUCGAUGGCGCUGUAAGCACGAAAUGGCAGCCUAGGCAGGCCAACAUCACAUCCUCCUUGACCGUCCAGCUUGGUGGGCCACCUUUUGUCCCGAUCACCGAGAUCCGCUUCGACUGGGCACAAGCACCUCCAAAGAGCUACAAAGUCACCUUCCACAAUCUGUCAGACAUCACAGCAGUGCCGCCCGUCAAUGUCACGGAGAGCAAUGACGUCCAGGUCAGCGACCCUUACGAUGCCGAGACUGCAGAUCUCAUUCGUCCCUACAUGUCCAACACCACAAAUGUGACGUUGGAAACUCCUGUUUGGUCCGCGAGGUAUGCCACCUUGGAGAUCUCGGGUAGCCAUGCCAAUGACGGUACGGAGAAUGAGAAGAAUGGGACGGGUGCCAGUGUCGCUGAGUUUGCUGUGGUCUCCAGUGACGGAAAAAGUCUCGUUAUGCGGGUACCGGCAUACAGAACCCCCUUUUAAAUGCUAACGUGAAAUGAGAGACGAAAUAAUAAGAAGUAACGAAUACGCAUCUAGCGACUUGAAUUCAGUCGCUCGAAUUAAAGCUUU